AUAUUCCUAACUAAUAUGAAGACAUUGAACUUGACAUACAUGAUUAUAUAUCAGAGUGUUUUUUUUGUGUGUAUUUAUAAUUCAUUACUGUAACCUAUAUAUAUAUAUAUAUAUAGCUUUUGUGGAGUAGUAGGUAGUGAAUGAACCAUAAGUUCUCAGCUUUCAUACACAAUUGCAAGUUCUUAGUUGUCAAAAGAUGACUUCGAAGAAGCUAAUGAGAUUGAAAUCUAUCAUCACAAGCUGCUACAAGACUGAAAAUCCUUCUUCGGAAUCCAAAAAUGAAGUUCAGAACAACAAUUCCUUUCAAAGGCUAUCACUCUCUGAUGUUAGCAAGCACAGCUCCCCGCUCUCCAUAGACGAUAUCUCGAAUUCUUUCGCUGGUUCCAAGCUUCAUGCAUUCACUUUCGCGGAGCUGAGAGUGAUGACGAGUAAUUUCUCGCGAAGUAAUCUGCUCGGUGAAGGGGGAUUCGGACCAGUGUACAAGGGAUUUGUUGAUGACAAGAUUAGGCCUGGCUUGGAGGCUCAAUCGGUCGCGGUUAAGUCUCUGAACUUGGAUGGAAUGCAGGGACAUAAGGAGUGGAUGGCAGAGAUAAUAUUUCUUGGACAAUUAAGGCAUCCCCAUCUAGUUAAAUUGAUUGGAUAUUGUUGGGAAGAAGAGGAAAGAUUACUGGUUUAUGAAUACAUGGCCAGAGGAAGCUUGGAGAAUCAACUCUUCAGAAGAUAUACAGCGACAUUGCCAUGGUCGACGAGGAUGAAAAUUGCAUUGGGAGCUGCCAAGGGCCUUGCCUUCCUCCAUGAAACUGAUAAACCAGUAAUAUACAGGGAUUUUAAGUCUUCAAACAUCUUAUUAGACUCUGAUUACACUGCCAAAAUAUCAGAUUUUGGUCUCGCAAAGGACGGUCCAGAAGGCGAAGAAACACACGUCACAACGCGUGUAAUGGGCACGCAGGGUUAUGCUGCUCCUGAAUAUAUCAUGACUGGUCACUUGACAACAAUGAGCGAUGUCUACAGUUUUGGAGUAGUUCUGCUAGAGCUUUUAACAGGUAAACGGUCCAUGGAUAACAUCCGGCCCGGGAGAGAGAAGAGCCUUGUGGAAUGGGCAAGGCCUCUAUUGAGAGACCCGCAAAAGCUUAACAGGGUUAUAGACCCAAGACUGGAAGGCCAAUUUCCCAGCAAAGGAGCUCAAAAGGCAAUUGCACUGGCUUACAAAUGCUUGAGCCAUCAACCAAAGCCUAGACCUGCAAUGAGUGAUGUGGUCAAGAUAUUGGAACUUCUGCAGGGCUAUGAUGAUUCAUUUUCUGGACCAUUUGUAUAUGUAGUGCCCAAGGAAACUGAGAGCAGAGAAUGUUUUACAAAAGAGAGACUAAAAUGUGAAGGAGACAGGGAUGAGAGCCCGCGCCGGAACCGUCCUGGUUGGAGACAUAGGAUCCACUUACCUCUCUCUCUGGUUCCUAAUUCAGAUCCUGCAUUGCAUGAGAAAUUUGGAGGUGGCUUGGCCUCUCCCAAACGACCGAGGAAGUAACAUCAUUGGUACAUACACAGUGAGAUGGGUAAUGCAAUUUUUGGUCACUAAAAUAGUUAAUCGUGUUCAAUUCGGUCGCCAUAUGUUCCAACGUUUCAAAUUGAAAAUUGUUCCCAAGUGUACACUCUGACAGAUUUUCAACUAUUCGGGUAGUACAACCUUUGAUGUGGCAUAAAAAAUCAAUAAAACGAAUCUACCCCGAAUAGUGAGAAAUCUGUCUAUAUGUGCAUAUUGGAACAAUUUUCUACUUUUGUAUUCCCAAAUUGAAACGUCUGAACAUUCGGCGAUUGAGUUGAAAAUUGACAAUAUUUUCAAUAAAUUAACAAAAGUUGCAUUA